AUGUCCUCCGACGCCGACGCCGCUGCUCAGCUCGUCCUGCUCUACCAGGCUGCAGAUUCGAAUUUGUAUUGGACCAGCUGUGCUUUCGCACUCCUGUUCUACGACUACAUCCUCACGUUCCGCCAUGAAGUCCGCUUUGUGUGGGGUCGUAAAUUCUCGGCCGCGGCGGCGUUAUUCCUUGUCAAUCGAUACUUCAUCAUCCUGCUCUAUCUCGUGGAUAUCGUUACACUAUUCCCAAUAUCAACGAAGACAUGUCCGGGAAUUGGACGCUUCAUCACCGUGCUCGAAGUCAUUCCAUACAUUAUAUGGUCCACUUUCUCUGCCCUCCGAGCAUAUGCGCUCAGCAGCCGCACCACUUUAAUAGGCAUCGUUGUCUUCAUCCUCUCGCUGGUGCCUGCAGGAGUGAACGCUUAUUUUUUCUCCACGUUCGUCUUCAUCAAUCUCGACCCGCCGUCAAAUUGCACCGCGCUGUCGGAUAUAACUCCCGAGCUGAGCAAAACUUUGACGAUUGUAUCGCGUGCGACGCUGAUGGCCGCAGACGUCCUGGUUAUCGCGGUCACAUGGGCGAAUACCUACCGUCUCAGGAAGGCGUCGCACGACGCGAGGGUUGACGGGUCCUUCAGCGGACUCUUACUUCGUGAUGGAACGAUCUACUUCGUCGUGCUCAUUGCUAUGAACGUCGUGCACAUGACGCUUAACACGGUGAAGCCCAACAAUAUCGUGCAGCAGGCCAGCUAUGUGACGAUCCUCGAGAACCCCAUCACUUCCAUCCUCAUCUCACGCUUCAUCCUCAACCUCCGUGCGGUCGACCAUCGCGGCGUCGAAGGCGGGGACGCGUCCGACACACUCCUCAGCAGCCCCCAUCCCCGAGGCGCGGCAUCGACGAUGCGCUUCGUGAGCGUAGCAAGCACCCUAAAGGUGCUCGGGGCAUCGCUGGGAGACGAGCUUGAUGAGGAGGCGAUCGCGGUAGGAGGGGGUGAGGAUGCAGCGAGGGUCAAAUGCAGUUUGGACCCUGAGAAGGCUCACGUUGGUGAGAGUGAGACGACUGAGGCAUUGCGGGAGGCUCGCCCGCCAUCCCUAACAGCGCAAAGUCUGAAGGCGCGAGAUCAGGGUCCUGCGCCGAGACUAUUCGCGGAGGCGGGGCCUUCUACGGUCUAA